AUGAAAACAUUGCGGCUCGUUGUUGUGAUUGUGCAGCGGGUUUUGAUUACCGGGGCGGUGUUUUUUGCCGCCGCCGUCCUAAUCCACUUCACCGCCAUCGACCCGAAGGAACAUCCUGUAACGUGCGAUAGAGCUUGCAAUCGAGCCGACUGGCCACGGAUCUGUCGCUUCGAGCUGGUGGUGGAGAAACGCACCUUUCAUCAUGACAGUUCCACGGGUAACGUUUCGUUUAACACCGAGUGGCCAGAGCAGGACGCUGUCAUCACCUACUACACCAUCAACGGGCGGUACGUGGGCCCCACGCUGACCGUGUGCAAGCAUGACUUCCUGGUGGUGGACGUCGAGAAUCGAAUCCCUGGCGAGAGCAUCUCUCUGCACUGGACCGGCCAAAGCCAGCAAAGGACGCCAUACAUGGACGGAGUGCCGAUGAUCACGCAAUGUCCCAUCACCAGCUUCACGCGUUUCCAGUACAAAUUCCAGGCGGACCAUGUCGGCACACAUCUCUACCACGGCUUCACUGGUUCAGAGCGAACGCAAGGACUCCUGGGUGCCUUUGUUGUCCGUUCCGCUAACGAACCAAAACUCUCGUCCAUCUCGAGCACUCUUCGCCCGGAAUCCGUCUGGCUUAUUACGCAACUGAACGGCCGACUAGCCAUUAACGGACAACGAUCCUGGCAGCAGCAGCUCUCAAAGGACCUCCAUGUUAGGCUCCUGUAUGCCGGUGGUGCCUGUCGACAUUGGCUCGAGCUGGAAGAUCACGAGCUGCAGGUUCUAGCGCUGGAUGGUAACACGCUCGAACCAAACCCAGACUCACCCAGCGUCGAUCGCAUUUUACUGCACGAUGGCCUCCGGAUGGAUUUCGCCGUCAGCCGACGCGUCCCGGCGGAUGGUGACAAAAUUAAGCCCGAUUACGAAAUUCGGUUCACGCCAACCCAGCUCAGUGCCGGGUGUGGCAUGCGUACCACGUUUCGUCUACGGUACGACUCCGCACCAUUCGAGCACGACCCAGCGAGUGCCGAUGGGGCCGAAAGUAUUAAAUAUAAUUUAAUUUCACCCCCGGCGAUGACGGCCACACCACGAACGUUGGACCUAACCGGGAAUGCCUGCCGAGAGAUCCCUAGAGUGCCCGGUGCGGUUGUGCUGUGCCCGCAGGAUCUACACGGCGAACGGGAGCGCUUCCCGAAGGAUCUCGCCACGUACGACACGCGGCUUGUGUUCACGAUCGGUGCUCGCACGCUGGAUGGGGAAGGACCCUUCGGAGAACCGUACCACGAGACGGUGCACUCCGUGAACGGGUUCACCUUCGCCUUUCCGUCGGUGUUGCUGCUGCGUGAUCCGGCCAACGCUGAGGUGCGAGCGCACACUUGCGGUGGCCAUCGGCGGCUGCCAAGAAGCUGUCACCCGAUGAUGGCACGGUGCGAGUGUGUGCACGUCGAGCACAUCGAAGCAGGUCAUCGGGUGGAAAUGGUCCUAAUUAAUGCCGAUCUCUCGGCCGAUUACGUGUACCACCUUCACGGGGUGGCCGCGUUUGUCGUCGCGGAGGCCACCGGGUACCGGACAGAGGUGCAGAAGCUGACACGCAACCUGCAGCGGCCUUUGCAACGAGACACAAUUGUCGUCCGGAGGGAUUCGAUCGUGGUGGUUCGGUUCGUAGCCAACGCGGCUGGAUUGUGGAUGCUGCGGGAUAUUGGUUCACCGUCGUGGUCACGCGGGUUAGAUGUGGUGCUGAAUGUCGGGACGCACCAGGCGGACUUUGACAUUCCGAGUGAUUUUCCAUCGUGCCGCCAUUUUGUGGGGCCAAGAUAUUUUUUAAUUUAA